UCAAAUUGUUUAAUUUCCUUGACGUUUAUGUUAAAAAUUUCCAUAGCAUAUAAAUAUUGGAUUGAAAAUUCUGAUUUUUUAUUGUGCAAAUUUGGAGAAAUGGAACAAAGUUUUACUUAAAUUCCCAGAUUUGAUAAAAUACAAAGAAAAUCUCGAUUUCACCAUCCCUCGUUUUGGCUCAAAACCCUAUCCGCCAAUCACAAACCCUAGAUUUAUUCUCUUCAAAAUUCGUUUUUUUUUGGUCUGUUUAACUUUUUUAUUUUUUAAUACUCAUUUUGAUCUGUGAGUUUAUAGAUUCGAAUUUCGGCUCCUACACUAAAUUGUCACUUGUUUUUUGAAAAGAGAUUGUGCUGAUUUUGCUUUGUUUAUUGCCCACUUUUGUUUUCUGUUUCUGGGAUGGUUGAGUUCAAUUUGGUUGCCCAGAGCUUUGAUUUCACUGAAAACUAAGGAUGCCCCAGUAGUUUGGGGCCAAUUUGGUGAACUGGGUCUGAACUAUUUCCCUCUUUUGCCCCUUUUUUGGUGGGUGAUUUUGGAUUAUCAUUUCGACAGUUUAUCCACGAAAACGAGUGCUUUGCCAAUUUGGCGAAUUGGGUCUUCAUCAUUUGUCUCUUAUAACCCAUUAUUACUUGGUGGAUUCGUAAUACUGUUUGAUAGUAAUAUCGAAGAACCACUGCGAUUGUUUUGUGAGAAGGAGAUGAGAUGAGAGGGGUAUUGUUUAGUGUGAGGUUUAAGGAGAGACAAUGACUGGAGGGUCAUUGGGGAUUCGCUCUGGAAGUUAUGGAUCAUUGGAGAAGCAUUUUCAGCAACAUCAGCAGAACGGUGGUGGUGUUCACUUGCCUAUCCAAACGACUAGCCGGACGAAACCUGCCAAGAUGCUCAAGGACAAGGAGAGACUCUUUCAUUGGAUCUGCAAGUUCGCGGGCCGCAAAAAGGUUGGAAUGCUGUUCCUCUGUAUCAUCUCCGCUGCCGUUUUCGUCUGGGUUUUGUAUGUAGGAAAAGGUGAAGAUUCACAGGAAGGUGAUCAGGUUCCAAACUUUAGCCUUAAUAGCACCGAGCCCUUUAGCAAUCCAGAGAAUGAUACUCAUACAUUUGAAGAGUUCGCUUUGCCACCCCCUCCCCCUCCUCCUCCUCCUCGUAACUAUUUUACAGGCUACACUCUUCCUCCAGGGCAUCCAUGUAAUAGCUUCACCUUACCUCCCCCACCAGCUGAUAAAAAAAGAACUGGACCAAGGCCAUGUGCUGUGUGUUACCUUCCUGUGGAAGAAGCAAUUGCUUUGAUGCCAAAGUUCCCCUCAUUUUCUCCUAUAGUUAAUAACUUGACAUAUCUAUAUGAGGAUCCACUAAGUAGAGAUGGAGAAUUUGGAGGCUCAGAAUUUGGUGGGUACCCUACUCUAAAGCAGAGAAGUGAAUCUUAUGAUAUUAGAGAGUCGAUGAGUAUGCAUUGUGGAUUUGUCAGAGGGAAAAAACCUGGCCGCAAUACAGGAUUUGACAUGGAUGAAAUUGACCUGGCUGCAAUGGAGCAGUGUCAAGGGGUGGUUGUUGCUUCAGCAAUAUUUGGAGCCUUUGACAACAUCCAACAGCCAAGUAAUAUUAGUGAAUACUCUAAGAGGACUGUAUGCUUCUUCAUGUUUGUUGAUGAAGAAACAGAAGCAUAUUUGAGGAAGAAAAAUGGUCUAGACAGCAGCAGGAAGAUUGGGAUAUGGAGAAUUGUUGUCGUUCAUAAUCUUCCUUACAAAGAUGGAAGACGCAACGGAAAGGUUCCAAAGCUUCUAGCACAUAGGAUGUUUCCAAAUGCCCGCUUUUCUUUAUGGAUUGAUGGGAAGCUUGAACUAGUUGUGGAUCCAUAUCAAAUUCUUGAAAGGCACUUGUGGAGAAAAAAUGCCACUCUUGCAAUAUCUAGACAUUACAAGCGUUUUGAUGUUUUUGUGGAAGCUGAGGCAAAUAAAGCAGCUGGGAAGUAUGACAAUGCCUCCAUUGACUUUCAGAUUGAUUUUUAUAAAAAGGAGGGUUUGACAUCAUAUUCUGAGGCCAAGCUUCCUAUUAUAAGUGAUGUUCCUGAAGGAUGUGUUAUAAUAAGGGAGCAUGUUCCUAUUAGCAACCUCUUUACAUGUCUUUGGUUCAAUGAAGUUGACCGCUUUACUUCGAGGGACCAAAUCAGCUUUUCGACAGUAAGGGAUAAGAUUCAGGCCAAAACAAACUGGACUGUGAACAUGUUCUUGGACUGUGAAAGACGCAACUUUGUGGUUCAGAAGUACCAUAGAGAUGUUUUAGGGCACAUGACUCCUCUGCCUCCUACUGUUUAUCCACCGCCGCCACCCCUUGUUUUGGUGUAUGAACCACCAAAGACAGCACUUGAAACUUCAGCCGAAAGGGUUGCAAGUAUUCCGGUUCGAAGAGCAAGGCGAGGAAGGAAGUCUGGCUCUAGGCGUCAUCGCAAAGUUGUUGCUGGUGGCAGGGACAUUGAUUCGAGUUAAAGUUUUGUUCAGGAAAGUAAUCAUUCUUUUUCUUUCCCUCUUAAAAAUCAUUCAUUGGGGACGGAAGAUUUGUGCAAGAUGAGUGUUGUAGUUCUGUUACCACAGAGAACACUUCUCUCAUUCUUUAUCUUUUUCUUUUCCUAGUUUUGAAUUCUCUUUUUUAUUCAUUUUUUGUUGUAUAUAUAUGAUAAUUUCCAAUAAAUAUGAUAUGGGUUUCCACCAAAGUCCAGAAAUGUAGUAACGCAUUUUGUUCGUUAUUAUAACAAGGUUGUAUUGGAACUAAGUUAUUUAAUAGCAAUAUUUAUGUCUCUUCUUCAUUAAGAAUGAAUAAAUUUAAUGAAAA